AUGAGACCAACUGAUUUAAAAUUUCGCAGCCCAAAAGAGAGAACAGGUGAAUUUCAUAAUGCCUCAAUAACUUCCAAUGGAUCUUCACUAUCUAUAUCCCCAGUAAAAAUAAAGCCCUCCUUUGCUAAAGAGCCAAGGUUCCCUCAAUAUGAAUUCAAUUCUAAAAUCACAGGCUACAGAGUGGGUCCUGGGUCAUACGAAGUAAGCCCUAGGUGAAAGCGCUCAGGGCCUGUUUACAGAAAAUUUCAUGCAGAAAAGGAUUUAUCCAAUAAUGGAUACUACUAUAUAGGUCAUCAAAUUGUUUUUGAAGCCACAAUGGUGCCUAGGAAAAAAAGGCACUCUAUGAAUGAAUCUAUAUUAAGAGUCGAUGCGGGUCAGGUGCUUCCAGAGUCAUUGAGGCCUAAAACCACGAUUUCUGUAGAAAGGACGAAUACGAGAUGGUGACAGAAAACUUGCUCAGACAUUACUCAGUCAACGCUGCGUGAUGAAUCUCCGAAAAGUCCUUCAUCAAAUGAAAAGGAAAAGAAAAAAGCAGAAAUCAAAAGAUCUUGCAUAAAAUCUCCAAAUUUUAAUAGUUAUUUACCAAGAAAAAAAAUGUUUCCGAUGCCAAACUAA